AUGGCCGCCGUUCAACUCAACUUUUCUCUUCGCACCUCCAGCAGCGUCAAGACCGUGCACCUGGUUGGUUCCUGGGACAACUACUCUCGUCAAUUGCCCUUGUCCAAGGACUCUCACAAGUCAGGAGGAUGGGCUGGUAAAUUCCGCUUCCAGACUUCGGUCCUGCAACUCGGAGGCCGCUACUGGUACUACUACAUCAUGGAUGGAUACCACGUCUCGCACGAUCCCGCCGUGGAAUACACCGUCGAGCCGACCACCGGUCGCAAGCUCAACGUGCUCGACGUUCCCGGUGGCAAGUCAAGCUCUUCCCACCGAUCCAGCCACGCACGCCGUGAGUCCGUCGAUAUCCCCAAGGGCCGCGCGCUCUCGCCAUCCAAGAUCCAGCACCCCAAGCCGUCCAAGCCGUACGCAUCACGCGGCCUCCGCGAGGGAACCCACUUCCCCACCGUCGACGAACUUACCGACCGCUUCUCGCGCUCGCAGCUGUCCGACUCUGACUCGUUCUCGAGCAGCCCGCCCAGCUCGGCCGGAUCUUCGCUCUCGUCGCGCACCGACAGCACCUCGCCGUCCUCGCUUUCCUCUCUUAGCGACCAGUCCAACUCGGUCUGCCGCUGCGAACGCUACGGCAUCACCCGCAAGGGUGACCGCGUCAAGCUCGACUGCGGUGGCAGCCGAUGCGGAUACUUGGAUUCGUCCGAGGGCAGCGAUUGCUCGUCCGAGUCCGAGUCUGACUCUGAAUACCGUGCUGCCCGCCGUGGUGCUCGCCGCCAGGGAAUCGUCGUCCGUCGGUGA